UACAAACUCUUGAGUUAAGGUGAAAGAACAAAGUAAACAAGCAAGCCUGCCACAGCUCAAUGUACAUAACGGCUGUGCUUAUACUAACAGCUCCCAACUGCCACCCAGAGGGACGUGUACUCACCAGGGUUCUUCUAGUGGCUUCAGACUUCAAAAGGACUGGCUAUGGUCCUGGAGGGCUGUACAGUGCCAGGCACCUAAGAAGGGUUGAGGGGAAACAGGAAGACCUAAUGAUCCUAUUUGCAGGAAACCACUCUCCACAAGUAUCUGUCAUUUAUUCUCACAACACUAAGCCACUGUUUCAGUCUCGAUUCUCAAGUAGGUAUAGGUGGGAGAAUGGACACAAGUCCUGGGGCCUGGAUGUUGUCCCUCACUCCUAGGGCCUAGAGGGUCUCAAAUGAAGAAGGAAUAACUGCUACCCUGGGUCAGUUGCUCCCAAGACUCACAGAAGUUUCAGAUCCAUUAAAGUGUGGAUGAAAAUUCUUCAUCUCAAAAGGUGGAUACUGAUUCUGUCACCUGCCAUACUUCUUAGGCUGGAGCUGCCCCAUAAGCUCCCCACCCACAACCCAUUAAUUGUGUGUGUGCAUAGUGGGGUGCUCACCUGUCAAGGCACUUCGCUGUGUCAGCCACAAACUAGGGUAAAAAGAGAGUUGAGGCCUACCUUUCUGAACUUUGCCACCACCUGCCAGGCCUCUGAGCCUUGAAUGUCAACUCAGAGUCCAGGGCAGUGUCCUGGCUUCCGGAGGGUCACCCGCGGCCUGGUCUAUCACACCCCGCCCGGUCAUCCGGCUCCACCCCCAGUUCCACGGCCAUGGUCACGCUCAAGAGCCUUCCGGCGCUGCUGUCUCCGGAGCUGCUGCUCGCGCUGGCGCGGAUGGGACACCAAGACGAGAUCAUUCUUGCAGAUGUGAACUUUCCCACUUCUAUCUGCCAGUGUGGGCCUGUAGCAAUCAGAGCAGAUGGCCUGGACAUACCACAACUCCUGGAGGCUGUGCUGAAGCUGUUGCCCCUAGACACCUAUGUGGACAGCGGAGGAGCUGUCAUGGAGCUGGUGCCCAGUGACAAGGAGAGGGGUCUGCAGACCCCGGUAUGGAAUUCUUAUGAAUCCCUUCUGUUCAAAGCUGGCUGCAAGAAAGCCCUGGCGAAGAUAGAGAGGUUUGAAUUUUAUGAACGAGCAAAAAAGGCUUUUGCUGUUGUUGCAACCGGGGAAUCAGCGCUUUAUGGAAACAUCAUCCUCCAGAAGGGGACUCUUGACCUUGGUCCCCUGUAG